UAUCCAACCCGGAGUAUAUUUUCGUGCUACUUUUACCUGACACAAAUGCGUCUCCAUUGUCCCGCUCGUUGUUUCGCGCAAAGGUCUGCGUUCUCCAUUCAUCCACGGUUGUCCUCGAUUUCCCCUCUCGCAAGAAUUCGGUGUAGAAGCAGGAGCUGAAGCAAAGGCUUGAUACCCAAUCUAGGGUUUCCAAUUUUCGAUUUUCACUAUCAAUACAGAAUUCCUGAUCCUAAUACGAGAAAUCGAAGAAUGGCAUCUGAGGAAACGGUGAAGGAGGAGUUACUAGCGUUGCGGAUAAAACUUGGGAAGAAGCAGACAUUCGAGGAGGCAGUCUCCUCGAUAGCGUCUCUUCUACGGGGCCGUUACUCCUCAGCCUCCGCUUCUAUUCGUAAAUUGAUAUAUUCUACAGUUUGUCGUGUAGCUACUGUUCUUCAAACUAGAUAUACAGCACGUGGAUUUUGGCUAGCUGGCUUAAGUCUAUUUAAAGAAGCAGAGAAGCUGGUUACAGAGCCAUCUGAAAAGGAUCAUUUACAUCAAUGUGUUGCUAGGGCUCACGAGCAUUUGAAUGAUGUGGAGAAUGAGACUCCUAGUUCUGAAAGAAGACAAUCAGAUUCUAGGUACCUUUUUGAAGGCCACUUGACCAUCGAUCCUGAACCAGCACCACCAGCAUGGCUUGUGGCCCAAAAUUUACUUACAACUCUUGCAGUUGCACAAGAUUGGACUGCCACAGCAGAAUCUUCCCAGGUUCAGGAAGAGAAUAGCAAUUCAACUGAAAUUAGUACAGUGCCUGAGCUUCCUGAGACUGUCAGAGAGUUAAUGAGUAAUUUACAAGAGAUAAAUGGCUUUCUAGAUCUUGAAAAUGUCAUUGAAGCUUCAUUGCAGGAAAUUGGUGCUGGAUCACACAAAGCGCCCCCUGCCUCAAAAGAAGUUGUUGCUAGUCUCCCAGUCAUUGAUGUUACUGACGAAGUGAUUACCCGUUUGGGAACUGAGUCUGAGUGCGCUGUAUGCAGGGAGAACUUAGUUCUAAAUGACAAGAUGCAGGAACUUCCCUGCAAACAUCUCUUUCACCCUCCUUGUUUGAAACCCUGGCUGGAUGAGCACAAUUCUUGCCCAGUUUGCAGGUAUGAGCUGAGGACUGAUGAUCAUGCAUAUGAGAGCUGGAAGGAGAGGGAAAAAGAAGCCGAGGAAGAGAGGAAAGGAGCAGCUAAUGCUCUUCGUGGUGGAGAAUUUAUGUACGUCUGAUAAUAGUUUUUUUUUUCCUCCCUUAAAACAUACCAGAUUACUGCAUCCACUUCUCACAAAAUAUUUGUUUUUUAGUAAUGUAUUGUGUACGAUUUAUUUAGAAUAACUGACUUCAAAAGCUUGUCCCAGUCA